AUGAAAAACAUAGAUUCCAUCAAAGGUUGCAGAAUAGAUGAGAACCACUUCGACUUAGAAAAAUAUAGCACGUUUUACUGCAAACAAGAUGUAAGAAUUUUAAGAGAAGGUUUUGUAAAGUUCCGCAAUGACUUAUUGAAAGAGUUUGAUUUAAACGUUUAUGACUACGUUAGUAUUUGUUCAAUUGCUAACAAAUUGUUUGAGAACAGAGUAUACUUCCCGAAUGGAAAUCUUUAUGACCUCUCAAAUAAACCAAGAGAAUUUAUUUCGAGAUGCAUUCAAGGUGGAAGAUGUAUGUUGUCAGAUAACAUGAAACAAAAGAGCAAAAAGAAACUCAUUGCUGACUUCGACACUGUUUCAUUAUAUCCUUCAGCUAUAGCAAGACUUUAUACUUUAGAAGGUAUUCCAAAAGUAUUGAAGGAAGAAAUGUUAAGCACAGAGUAUCUCAUGAGACAUUUAUUCGAUGAUGACCAAAAGGAACCCAUUGGUGAAAAGUUUAUGUCUGGCUUCUUUGUUCUCAUUAAGAUAACAGAGAUUGGUAUACCCAGACACUUUCAUUUAAUAGUUUGCGACCCUGAACUAAAUCCAGAACUUAACGUUCCAAGAAGUUCAAACACUUGCUGUCUCAUGUAUGUUGACCAUAUAACAUUACAAGACCUCAUAAAAUAUCAAGGUGUCAAAUGUGAAGUGUUGCAAGGAUACUAUUACGAUGGAAACAGAGAUAUGAGAAUAAGAGAUGAAGUAAAGAAGUUGUUUGAGUUAAGGUUAAAGUAUAAGAAAGAAGAAAACCCCUUACAAGAAAUUAUAAAACUCAUUCUGAACAGCAUUUAUGGCAAAACUAUUCUAUCUCCUAUUGA